GCGACUAUAUGGACCUGUUGCUCCAUACGCCACUGCCCCCGAAACUUUUGGCUCAUUCGCCACAUUGCGCCGUUUAAUUCAAUCACAAAUGUCACCUACUAAUGAGUCUUGUUAAUGUUGUCGAACCCGCAACUGUUUCUCCAAGUGGGGCCUAUUAAUUUCGCUGCUUCCUGUGGGGUUGCAGAUUAACAGAGCACCUGCGGACCUUACAGUAUCUGGACAUCAGCCAAAGCCGAUGUGGUGAUGCUGACAUCGAAGCCAUUGUGAUGAACUGUUCCUUGCUGCUCACACUCAAGCUUCGUAACUGCUCCCUCCACGAUCGUGGAUUAAAACACAUUGGUAGAUGGUUACCAAUUCUUCAACACCUCGACAUCGCCGACAACCACGAUAUCACUGACCGCGGACUGGAGUUCAUCGCUUGCGGCUGUGACCAAUACCUCGAGCACGUGGACGUGUCACGGUGUUUCGACAUCCACGGUCCCGGUCUCAACAUCCUGGCGAGUGCCUGCCACUCGCUGCGCACCGUGAUCGCAAGGGAAUGUUUCGACAUGACAUCGAACACGAUCACCUACAUUUCACUGCACUGCACGAACGUCCGACAUCUCGACGUCUCCUUCAAUCUCUGUGUCACCGAUGGAACGCUGUCGAGCAUCGCCCAUGACCGCCGCGAGCCUGAUGAGGAGCUGGAGGUGGUCACGAAAGGAUGUCCUUAUGUCCUUGGUCAUCGAUUUCGAGGCGGUGUCGAAUCUGGUGAUCGACGUCGCUUUCGGUUUGUCGAUUGGGAAGCAAAGGGAAAUGAUGAGUUUGUCAUUUGGGAGACUAAUGUUUGAUUGAUCUGCAACCAAGAUGCGGUGCCAACUUGUUCAUGGUCCGGGUCGUGGUCAGUAUGGACGCAGAAAUCGAAAGUUUGGUCUACAAGCGGUUGAUUAAUUAACUUCUCCGAUAUUCUGAUACCACAUGGG